AUGUCAAUAAAAAAAAUUAAUAAUCAAGAUAUAUUUUAUAAUGUAAUUGAUAUUGGUCUUCGUAUGUACGGUAAUGGAUAUCCUUAUCCAACACAUACUGUUGAUUAUAUUGUUGAAUAUUGUCGUCAACAACUUCGGCAUUAUUUUAUUGAACAUAAUCAAUUGAUAAUAACAAAUCAAAAUAAUAAUAAUAAUAAUAAUAAUAAUAAUCUAUUAUCAUAUCUUAGUACACUUGUAUAUACGUCACGUCAUAAAAAAUCUCGUCUUAAACGACUUCAACAGUUUGUUCAAGCAAAAGAUCGACCAACAUUACAACAAGAAGAAUUAGUUGAAAAUAUUGGAAAAGAUAAAAAAAUGACAAUUGCUGAUAGAUUUGAACGAAUAUGUCAUCAAACACAAAUUUGUAUUUAUGACAACGAAAAUAAAUCGACACGACCAAUAUUAGAUCGUCAACGUUCUCGUCAAUAUGCUCGUCUUGAUGUUUAUUACAAAAGUGAUACAUUAACACCAAAUGCUUAUUUAUCAUUUGUUGAACAACAACAUAGUUCUUUCAAUAAUCUUCGUUCAUUAUCAUCAAUUGAUAUUGAACAUUGGCUUAAAUUAAAUAAUUUAACUUCAUCAAAAAAGUUUUCAUCAAAUCAAGAUUUUCGUUUAGCUGAAAUUUGUUUAUUUCUUAUCAAAGAAAUUCUUCUUAAUCUAAUGGAUAAAGUUUAUCAUUCAUCAAUUCGAUGUGAUAUUCAUGAUAUACUUCGUCGUCAACACUGGCCUAUUCAAGAUGCAUUUAGUGAUAUUGGAUUAGAAUUUGUUCGACAAUUAUUAAGACGUCAAACACCUACUCAUGUUAUAGCAACAUGUCAACAAACAACCGAUGAUCGUUUAUCUAAUUUACAAAAAGAAUAUUUACGAAAUUCUCUUCAUCGCUUAGAUGUUUUGAAAUUAGAUGUUUGCCAUCAAGAUCAAUUUGAUACGUUUGGCUUACAAGUUGAAUAUUGUUUAAAUGACUUUAAAACAUCAAUGGGGACUGGAUAUGCUUAUUAA